AUGAAGAACUCUCCUUGGACUGUUUGCUUUCUGAGAAUGUUAACACCUCGACUCUGGAUUUCUGCCUGUGGGAAAAAACCACAAUAGUGCCAGGGGUGCUUCCAUAUGCAGGAUUAACUCUGCAGUCAAAGUUUCUGUUGGGCAGGUGUGUGAACUGGAUAUCAUAAAUGCUGGCCCAAAGCAAAUGGGAGAAUGGAUGAAUGAACAAAUUCAGGAAUGAAACAAACUGUAACCAGGGGUCUCCUAGUUGUAGGUUCUCUGCUAAACUUCAUAUUGAGACACAAAGGAAGGGCAUCUUAUAAUAUAAUGUUGGGGGAUGAGCAGUCAGCUUGGAGGUGGGGACGUAAGGUGGGUUUUGAUGUUUGCGAAGGAAUUGACCAAAAAAAGAGUCAAGAGGUGAGAAGAAUCUGGGAAUCGAGACCUGUUUCUCUGGGACAGGUGUGAGCGGGUCUGGGUGCUGCUGGGUUUGGCUGGGGCAAAGGUUGCUUGUGGGGGUGUGGCAGUGGGUGAGGCCUGUGAGAUAGGCAGGCGCCAGGUCCUGGAAGGGAGAGUCAGGGAGCAAAGCAUGGAGCCUGCACUUUACUCUGAAUCUUGGUGGCGCCUUCAGAGCAUUGUUAGCAGGGGUCCGUGUGAUCACACUGACACCUGAGAGAGCGACACACCAUGUACAUGGCUGGGAUAUGGAGGAUGGAUUUAAGGGGGACAGGACUGAAGGUUGUCGCAAUGAUUCAGUGGCCGUUCCCGCAGCAGCACCGGUGUGCCAGCCCAAGAGCGCCACUAACGGGCAACCCCCGGCUCCGGCUCCGACUCCAACUCCGCGCCUGUCCAUUUCCUCCCGAGCCACAGUGGUAGCCAGGAUGGAAGGCACCUCCCAGGGGGGCUUGCAGACCGUCAUGAAGUGGAAGACGGUGGUUGCCAUCUUUGUGGUUGUGGUGGUCUACCUUGUCACUGGCGGUCUUGUCUUCCGGGCAUUGGAGCAGCCCUUUGAGAGCAGCCAGAAGAAUACCAUCGCCUUGGAGAAGGCGGAAUUCCUGCGGGAUCAUGUCUGUGUGAGCCCCCAGGAGCUGGAGACGUUGAUCCAGCAUGCCCUUGAUGCUGACAAUGCAGGAGUCAGUCCAAUAGGAAAUUCUUCCAACAACAGCAGCCACUGGGACCUCGGCAGUGCCUUUUUCUUUGCUGGAACUGUCAUUACGACCAUAGGGUAUGGGAAUAUUGCUCCGAGCACUGAAGGAGGCAAAAUCUUUUGUAUUUUAUAUGCCAUCUUUGGAAUUCCACUCUUUGGUUUCUUAUUGGCUGGAAUUGGAGACCAACUUGGAACCAUCUUUGGGAAAAGCAUUGCAAGAGUGGAGAAGGUCUUUCGAAAAAAGCAAGUGAGUCAGACCAAGAUCCGGGUUAUCUCAACCAUCCUGUUCAUCUUGGCCGGCUGCAUUGUGUUUGUGACGAUCCCUGCUGUCAUCUUUAAGUACAUCGAGGGCUGGACGGCCUUGGAGUCCAUUUACUUUGUGGUGGUCACUCUGACCACGGUGGGCUUUGGUGAUUUUGUGGCAGGGGGAAACGCUGGCAUCAAUUAUCGGGAGUGGUAUAAGCCCCUAGUGUGGUUUUGGAUCCUUGUUGGCCUUGCCUACUUUGCAGCUGUCCUCAGUAUGAUCGGAGAUUGGCUACGGGUUCUGUCCAAAAAGACAAAAGAAGAGGUGGGUGAAAUCAAGGCCCAUGCGGCAGAGUGGAAGGCCAAUGUCACGGCUGAGUUCCGGGAGACACGGCGAAGGCUCAGCGUGGAGAUCCACGAUAAGCUGCAGCGGGCGGCCACCAUCCGCAGCAUGGAGCGCCGGCGGCUGGGCCUGGACCAGCGGGCCCACUCACUGGACAUGCUGUCCCCCGAGAAGCGCUCUGUCUUUGCCGCCCUGGACACCGGCCGCUUCAAGGCCUCGUCCCAGGAGAGCAUCAACAACCGGCCCAACAACCUGCGCCUGAAGGGGCCGGAGCAGCUGAACAAGCAUGGGCAGGGUGCGUCCGAGGACAACAUCAUCAACAAGUUCGGGUCCACCUCCAGACUCACCAAGAGGAAAAACAAGGACCUCAAAAAGACCUUGCCCGAGGACGUUCAGAAAAUCUACAAGACCUUCCGGAAUUACUCCCUGGACGAGGAGAAGAAAGAGGAGGAGACGGAAAAGAUGUGUAACUCGGACAACUCCAGCACAGCCAUGCUGACGGACUGUAUCCAGCAGCACGCUGAGAUGGAGAACGGAAUGAUACCCACGGACACCAAAGACCGGGAGCUGGAGAACAACUCAUUACUUGAAGACAGAAACUAAAUGUGAAGGACAUUGGUCUUGGACUGAGCGUUGUGUGUGUGUGUGUGUGUGUGUUUUUAAUAUUCACACUGAGACAUGUGCCUUAAACAGACUUUUUAGUCCAAAAUUACAUAGCAUUGAAGAAUAUAUUUCACUGUGCCAUAAACAACUGAAAGCUUGCUCUGCCAAAAGGAAUCAGAGAACAAGAACUUCAUUUCAGACAGCAACCGCAGGACACACCAAGAGUGUCCGUGCACGUAGCCGGUUCUGGCCGUACAUGUUAAGGGCAUUUCAGUGGCAGUGCUGUACCCCUGGGCAGUGCUACCUGGGCACACACGUAGACAAGGGCAGCUAUUCCUUAGACCAGUCUCCUGAAAGAAACAGGUGUGUCUUUUUAGUGCAGUCGUUAGUAAUAUGUGCACACACAGAAGGGGACCUGAUUGGGGGGGAGCUGGUUAUGUGUAACAAGCGUUGGAGUUGACAUUUUGGCAUGUGCUCUGAGCUUGAAUUUUGAUACAAACCAUUCAGUGCAUCAUACCUAGUCUUUCUAUGCUCCAAGUGAAUGUCUGUGGGGACCUGAGAGCACCUGGAAUUUGUUGGAAGCAGAUCAGAGCACACGUAUGAAAAGGUGCAAUUGCUUUUCUUAUGACAAAAGAAAAAAAAUAAUCACAAACACAUCACACUGUGGAUAUCACCUUAACCAAUGACAGAAGCCUGCUGAGUUUGGUCUUUCUCACAGGGGUAGGUAGUCCACGUGAACUGGCGAGCAGUGGUGAAAACACGACAUCAACUGCUGCGUGGUUAAAGGCCAAUCAUGCAUUUUCCUCAGUGGGUGCAAUGGUGACAAUAAACUGAUUUGGAAAUGUC